AUGCCGCCCAAUAAGAAGGUGAACACACCCUUUCAGGAUUCCAACAAGCUCACGUACGCCGUGGAGCUUAUAAACACCACCGGAAACGGCGUCGUCACGUACCGCUGCAUGUUCUAUGAGUACGUCGGCCGGGACGCAGCCGAGGUCGGGCCGAGCAACAACCGCAAGCGGAAAGCGCGAUCGGGCACUCACUACUACACCGCGCCGUUCACCGCGGCGAAAUACAAGAGCCAUCUUUCGGGUCAGCAUAAUUCACCCUGGACCGAGUACCAGGCGGCGUCGAUUGAGGACAAGAAGAAAUUAUUUGAUGGCCAACUCAAGUGA